AUGACGGAAGCGAAAAAUGCAAAUAUAACAUCUCGCCGCGCCGACGUAUUUUUGAUUCUUGAGCAACACAUUGAUGCAGUAUUAACUAAAUUCGACACCGUUGCCGUGUUUACAGCUAAAGGAAAUGAUUUUGAUAAAUUCAUUCGCUCUAAACAUGGCCAAAGCCUUGUCAAAGAUGCUACAUCAUUUAGAGCAUCAAAAUCAAGUAAUGCCAAGCCACCGAAAAUUAGCAGCGACGUACUCAAAUCCUAUGAACCUUUUAUAAAUGAUUCAAAAUACGCACUAUCUGCUUUAGAUUACUUAGUUGAUUGGGCGACAUCAGUUAAAAACAUAAUGAAUGACAUCGCUCCGCACAUUACCGAUUUAGAUAUUCGCUGGAAUUAUCCAUUAGUUCUUCAUAUCAGCAAACUUCUUGUUGCUUUCUCAAAAAUUUGCACGCUUGUCCAUUCCCACAAAAUCCUAUAUCUCCUUAUUCAAUUCUAUCCGAUCAUUCCUGCACUCAAAGAAUUACCCUUAAAUAUGGACUAUGAAAAGAUCGCCAAAUUCAUUUCUUCAGCGACAAAGAGUCCAUUCUCAUACGCUGCAGCGCAAUUUUCCAAGAUUGAGCAGAAAAUCAGUGACUUUAUCUCUCAAAUUUCUCCAAAUAUUAUCCAAAUUUUUGGCCAAUGGCCUGUCGUCGAAUGGAACGACUUUUCAGUAUUCUCGCAGAUCGAACAAACAUACGACUCCACAUUACCUACAAAUAUCCAUCUUGUUUUGGAAAAUAUUGGCUUAUUCAGGGAUGUCAUUAUUUUCUUUGGCCUCAUGUUCCCUCAAUACCCCGAGAUGUUCCCACAGUACUUAACUCUCCUCAACAUUGCUCUCACAGAAGGAUCAAUGAUCAAUUUGACUCCUACCGUGAGUAUAUCCGUCGCGGAGAUCCUUAAAACCUUCAACGAGACAGUUAAGAACAAGAGCAUAUCCGAAAUGACUGAAAUGAACGAAUACGAACGACAAUUAAAAGCCGAUAUUUCACAUCCACAAAGGUUGAACCACGUUUACUACUUACUCCGUGAUAUCAGCGACAUCACAGCUUUCGAACCAUCCUAUCUACCGAAAUUUAUCAACCACAUUUUACCACUUGCUUCAUUAGCCUGUUACGAGGUCAACCAGUACUUCGUUGAAGAGGCAAUCAAGGACAGUAUCGUAAAUCUCGUCGAAAUCCUCACAGAUCUCGGUCGUUCGUUCAAAAUUAAUGAAAAUGUCAUAAAAAGGUUUUUCCUGUUCAAUCUCACCACUAUCGAUGCUACAUUCCUCAACAGUUUACACAGUUCGAUUUCCCAACUUACAGAGCUAUGGCAAGUCCACAUUGCUGGAUUAAUUUCAGAUUUGAUCAGAGCUUUGGGUUCUAUCGACCUAGAAGACUUCGAUCGUGGUACUCGCUAUGAUUUGAUGCCAUUCAUUGUCACGGCAAACAGAUUAUUCUUCCUUUUCAAUGAAUUACAAACAAAAUUCCAAGGAGCCUUCUUAAAUCCGAUCUUUGAGCACCUCGCUACAAUCAUCUUCCACGCAAACCUCGCUCAGGACCCAUUCAGCUACUUUUUGACCUUUGUUCCCCUUCAUAAAUUCUGGGGAUACACAGAUAUGAUCAUGAAGUACUCAGAAGAGCUUCCAGGCGGUAUCGGAUCAUGCAGUUCCCUCAUAAAUCUCUUCCAGUUCUUCGAUUACGACCAACUUGGAAUAUCUCUUAAUGAAAAGGUCGUAAACACCGUAGAACCAGCUAUUAAGCAUAUCAGAAAGGAGUUCCUUAAGAAGUUCACCUCCGUUAUCAAGGAAUACCUUUCUAAAGAUAACUUUUUCAUUGGAAUUUCAAAUCAUACCUCAAAGAACAUUAUUUUCGAUCCGAAGAUCUACCUCUUCAACGAUACGAACUUCAACGCAGCUCAGGUCAACGCUAUGGACAACCUAAGAGCAGCAGAUCUCCAGUUGAAACAGUUCGCAUUAAAUAUUCCGAAAAAAGUGACAUUCAAAGGUCACGAAUUUCCGAUUACAAGCUAUAUAUGCGACCACAUUGGUAAGCAAUUGGCGGAAUUGAUGUUUGACAAGAAAUUACCUGAUGUUACAUGGAUGACAAGUUGUUUCAGCGCAACUCCCGAAUUAUUGUGGCCAUUGUACUGCCAAAUGGGAAUUUCGUAUCCGAAACAGCUUGUUGAGUGCAGGUACAGUCAAGGAAACAUCCCAGGACCACUUUCUUACCUUGAUAAAAUUUCGAUGAUCAAAAACUCGACAUCUUCUCAAACAAUCAAAGAGGAGAAAGACGAGGCAAUCAUCAUCACUUUGCAGCGCUCGAUACAGAAAUUCAUUACGAAGGGAAUCCAAAAUACGAUUUACAAGACUUACGGUCGCAGAUUCGAGAAGAUCGACGAAAGUAUCUCCCCUGCGAUGGAACAGCUCUUGUCGUACGAUGGCUUCCUUGGAUUAUUCCGAAAUCUCGGACCGCAAGCCGCAUUUUGGCUUAAUAAGAUCAUUGUCAACGAAAUUGGCGUGAUCAUGGUCAACAUCUUCAAGAUCCAUACAUCCAUCAUCGAUCAGAUCUCGAACUGGUUCAACAUGUACCGACUUAAGAAAUACGACUGGGUUCCUACCGCAAUCAAGUCCGACGAGGUCAAGCAUUGCGCUCAGGAAUUUGUCCGCCUCGGAUCGAUCCUGAGACUUCGCAGACUGAUCAGACAAGCCGCUUCAGAUAUGAUGGAUACAAUGGUUGAAGGCUUUAUUCCUAUCUUGAGCAGUGCAUACAUCAGGGAGAGGGACGCACAAUGGGGCGAGAAACAAGACUUUCUCGUUGAAAUGUGCACUCCAUUCCAGACAUUUCACUUUAUCAAGUUCGCUAUUGAAAAAGCGAAUUUACUUAAGACAACAAAUUCAUCACAGUUCUUCUUCUUCCUCGCUUUACUACUUCUUAACCCAGAAUGGUCGAAUAUCGACUUUAAUUACGAUUCUGAGACAUUUUCAGGCAACUUACACAACAUUCCAGACGCAUUUGACGCUUUCUUGAGCAUCAACAACUGUUUCGUUGCAGAUGCUGAUGACAAGAAAGUUGACGACGCGUUGGAUGUCUUCUUCGACACAUUCUCACACGUUAUCCAGUGGAAGAGGAAGUUCUCAGGCGAAACAGGAGAGUUCUUGGAAGACACAAUGAUUAUCUUGGCUGAUAUAUUCCCGAAGUUCGUUUCUAAACUUCAGUACGGAACUAUCGCAGAAUCAUUCCCAAUCAACGUCGUUUUGGACGCUUACAUGAGAAUAGACAAGGAAAAGAGCGUCAGAAAGGAUCAGGGAAAGAAGAAGAGAGGAAGAAGAGGAAAGAAAAAAUAA